AUGAACGAAUUUGUCCGGAUAGCGCAAGCGAACAUUUCCACCGGGACAGGGAACAGUGCAGCAGCGGAUGGUGCAUCAGAACCACUUGUCGUGGAUCGUCCGGCGGCACAAAGCAGCGUGGUCGCGCUGAGAAACUCAGGUCAGCUUGUCGACUUUCGGCAGAUCCUUGAUCAGGACAUUUCCUUUUUCCGCAUCGACGGUGACCUGCAGAUGAUCUUUGCCGACGGCGGUAUGGUCAUCAUCCGGGAUUUCUUCGAAGGUGACAGUGGUGCCGAGGCGGUCAUCGUUGGCGACAACGAAUUGCUGUCAAUCGACGGUUUCGUGUCACUCGCCAAUCUGCAACUCGCCGAAGAGAUACAGACCGCGGCCGGUGAAACCAGCAAUCUUGCGACAGCACUUGGAAGUUCGCAGAGCUCGGGUCAGAAUUUCGAACCAACGGAAAUCGGCGAUCUUGGAAACGGACUCGGAUUUGGCGAUCUGCUGCGAGGCGAAUUGCCGGGUGAAAGAGCAUUUCUUGUCGACGAUUUCUCGGAGUCCGCUGACAAUACGGGACCGGAUAUCGGUACACCGGUCGACAGCACGCUUGAUGAGGAAAACCUGGAAGAGGGUACUGGCCCCGACGGUCCGGUUUCGGUCACUGCAAGCCUGGAUGUCGACUUCGGCGAAAACCCCGGUGGUACGCCGCGACUUGAGUUCGACGGUCUGCCCGGCGGGUUGACCUCCGACGGUGUGUCUCUGGUAUUGAGCGUUGUCACCAACCCCGGCGGCGGCCAGACCCUGACUGCCGUAAAGGCCGGCACGGGUGAGGCCGUAUUUACUGUCACGCUUGACGUGGUGAGUUCCGGCGGAUCACCCGGCGGUCAGUAUACAUUCGACCUGUUCGGAAACCUGGAUCACAUUGGUGACGGUCAGGACACCAGCAUUCCUUUGGUCUUCGGCUUCAGCGCAUACGAUUCAGACGGUGAUGCGGACAGUGACACUUUCACGGUCAACAUCAUCGACGACGAGCCCGAAACCGGAGAAUCGGAGCAACUUACGCUUGGGGAAGAAAACCUGGACGACGGAACCGAUCCCGACGCAUCUUCUUUGACUAAGGCCGGUGAAUUGAACAUUGCCUGGGGUGCUGACAACGCCGAUGAUGCCGUUGACGCCGCAUUUCAGGACGCGCCAGGUGGCACUGCCAACCGCUCAGUCGUAUUUGCAGCCAUCUCGGAUCAGCCGACGAUAGCAACUAGUUCUGACGGUGUUGCGCUUCAAUAUGAACUUUCGGAAAAUGACACGGUCCUGACGGCCUACAAGGGAGACGACCGUGGAGACGCAAACAAGGUCUUCAUCGUCACGCUUUUUGAUGAUGGAACGGGCUCCUACACGUUUGAACUCCUCGGCAACAUCGAUCAUGUCGAUUCAGCGAGCGGUCUAGCAACCGAGAGCCGGAACCUCGACUUUGCCUUUGUUGCAAAUGACGGUGACGGCGACGCGGUUACGGGCGGUCUUCGGGUAACAAUCGAGGAUGACGAACCGCAGGCCGGCGAGCCUGUGCAGCGUACAUUGCAGGAACACGACCUUGCAACCGGCACUGACCCGGAUUCGUCUGCGCUGGUCAAGACUGGUGAUCUGGACAUCACCUGGGGUGCGGACGACGCGGACGCAGCAGAUGACGGAGCGGUGCAGGACACUCCGGGCGGAGCGGGCAACCGUUCCAUCGUCUUUGCAGCUAUCGCCGAUCAGCCGAUCCAGGCAACGACGUCGGAUGGCCUUGCGCUGGAAUAUGUUCUUUCUGAAAACGGUACGGUUCUGACCGCAUACAAGGGUGGUGACCGCGGAGACGAGAGCAAGGUUUUUGUCGUGUCCCUUUCCGACGACGGCUCGGGCUCCUACACGUUCGAAUUGCUCGGCAACAUUGAUCACAAUCCCCCGGGGUCGACCGGCAAGAUGGUGUCAUGGAACCUAGAUUUCGGAUUUGUUGCGCGUGACGGAGAUGGUGACGCGGUCGCGAGUGAAUUCCGCGUCACGAUUGUCGAUGACGAACCGGAAGCGGGUAUUGCCGAGAGCGUGACGCUGCAGGAACACGAUCUGGCAAGCGGCACUGAUCCUGACGCGACAGCGUUGACGCAAACCGGCAACCUGAAUUUCACCUUUGGUGCCGAUGACGGCGACACGGCGGAUACAGGCGGACUUCAGGACACACCGGGUGGCACCGGUAACCGUUCGGUCGUGUUCGCCGCCAUCGCAGACCAGCCAACCCAACUCACGACGUCGGAUGGCAUCGAGCUUGACUAUGUCCUGAAUUCAGAUGGCACGGUUCUGACUGCCUACAAGGGUGAUGGUCGAACCGACGCUGACAAGGUUUUCGUCGUAUCCCUUUCCGACGACGGGUCGGGAUCCUAUACAUUCGAACUGCUCGGCAAUAUCGAUCACGAUCUUCCCGGCUCAGGCGCAAUGUCGGAGUCCUGGGAUCUCGACUUUGCUGUCAUAGCAAGUGACAGCGACGGCGACACCGUUGAAGGUGAUUUCCGCGUUUCGGUCGUUGACGAUGCACCGCUUUCCAGUGAACCGGUUGCAAGUGCUGUCGAGGAAGAAGAUCUUCCCUGGGGUAAUGACGACCGGGAUCCCUUUGAUAUUGACGGCUUGCCGGCUGAUCUCGGUACUCCGUUGACUGAACAGGCCACUGCGUCGUUGAACAUUACCUGGGGCGCGGACGAUACCGACAGCGCUGACACUGAAGUCGAUGGCCUGCCGGUGCAGGACACGGCCACUGCCGGUGGCCAGAGAUCUGUCGUUUUUUCAGAUGCUGCCGACGGCGAGAUCGUUGACAUUGCCAGUGUAAUUGCGGUUGAAGACGGCGAGGGGGCUGCAAUAGAUCCUGCGACGCUCACGUCGCGCGGUGAUGCGUUGAGCUAUGUCCUGUCCAACGACGGUACGCUUCUGACCGCUUACGCCAACUAUGGCGACACCGAAGAGCGAAGCGUUUUCCGCGUGGCGCUUUCCGACGAUGCAGAAGGCUCUUACCAGUUCAUUCUGGACGACACUCUUGAUCAUCCAUUGAAGGGUACGUCUUCGGUUGAGGAAGAUGUCCUGUCAUUGUCCUUUGAUUUCAUUGCGCGUGACAGCGACGGUGACACAUCGACCGACGCGUUCACCGUCCAGGUUAUUGACGACAGCCCGUCAAUUGCCUCGGCCAACAUCCACGACAUUGGCGUCGUUGGACCGGUGACAUACGAUUCAGGUGCAAUCAAUCUCGCGAUUCCCGAUGACGGCAAUCUCGGUGAAGUUCUUUCGUCGACGAUUGAAGUUCCCGAAGGCGGCACUAUCCGAGACCUGAAUCUCUCCCUGGUUCUGGAUCAUGACUGGAUGCGGGAUCUCAAGAUCACACUGAUCGCCCCCAAUGGCAUGUUGAUUUGCGCUGAGAACUGA